AUGGGUGGAAACUCGAAAAUUACAUACGUUAGGGUAUAUAUCGGACAUGAAUCGUUUGCGCUGGAAAAGCCUUUGCCCAACAAUCAUAGAUUCAGAUGGGUUCUUUUUGUCCGUCCCAUCGUAGGGAAUAAAUUCACUGAUAGGAGUUUUCUGAGCAAGGUUGAAGUUGAGUUGCAUCCAACAUUUUCAAAUCCAUUUCGUGUGCUGAAAGAACCCCCGUUUGAACUAGAAGAAACAGGUUAUGCUUCGUUCACACCAAAGCUCACAAUUUACUUCAAUACACCACAUGCAAAACCAUAUCCGGUGCAAUAUGAUAUGAAUCUCAAGCUUGAGAAGCAUGCGUUUCACCAGCAAGAACUAACAUUUGCAAUGUCUGACGUUCCUGCAUCGUUUUUGGAGUUGGUAAAACGAUUUUGCGGCUCUACUGAUGGGAAAAGGAAGAAAAGAGAUGCUGAUGGCUCGUCAAAUCGUCCUAAGAAGCCUAAGCCAAGUGACGGAAGGAGUCAAGAGAUACCAAUGAAAGAAGCGAAAGAAGAGAAGAAGAAAGAUAAAGAGCGUGACAGCGAAAAGAUCAAGGAGAAAAAGCACAAACGUUCCUAUAAAGAUCCGAAUGACAGUACUGAUCGAGAAGUAGUAUCAACACGUGAUUCUUCACCGGUGUCUUCAUCUAUGGACGCUUCAUCAUCAUUCCGUUCCGCCAUAACUCCUCAACGUCCUGUUAAAGUUGCACCAAACAAGGCUGAAGAUCGUGGACAAGAAAGCUCGAGUGAUUCGGCGUCACUAUCUGAUUCAUCUCCGUCCUCGUCGUCAUCAGUAGGAGCAUCAAGCCCACCUACUCGUAGAACUCUUCCACUUACAGAACUACAUCGUCGUCUCAUCUCGCUUACCGAUGAAAAUGUGAUAUUUCGGGUAGCCGAGAUUCUACUCACGCAUCCUACAGCUUCGACACUGUUAUUGCCAUCAAGACCUAGUAUCUCAUUCGAUCUCACUUCAGCAGACGCUGCUCUUGUUGCCAAACUAAGUCAUGCUCUUAUGAGUUGA